AACUUGUAUUUAUGACUAAUCUAUUCAUACUCCGGGGAUUUAACUUGUCAAUCACAAAAAGCAAACAAAAAACAAAAAAACUUUCUGUCAUUUUGACGUUGACACCCUAUCCAGAAAAAUUGGGCUACCACCCUCUCCAAGAAUAUUUUUGAUCAGCAAGUGGUCGCUUUCUCCAACUUCAUCCUCCUCAUCUUCUAUCAUCCUUGAUCAAGGUUGGAGAAAGACUGGAGGUCAAUACACAGCCGGAGGGGAUGAGAUGUGACCCCGUCGGGGCCAACGACCGUGUUGAUUCGCUUGUGAGAUUUCAAGACAUCUAUUGGUGAAGAUGCGGGGAGGGGAUUCCUCGGCAACCUGCUUUAGGCAAUCUAUAAAGCAAGGUCAGGUCAUACUUCCGGAUUGCCAAGACAUUGGGAUUGCAUGACUCGUGGCCCACACACCUUCAGAUCGGUUCAGAGAAGCAAGUACCCUUGAGUUUUUAGGAUGUGGAGGCAACUUGCUGCUGGGGCGUUAAUUUUUCUUGGAGUAACUUUGUUCUUGGAUGGUGCAUUUGCUCAAAAUAGACCAGCUAACUUAGGUGACCUUAUUACUAUAAUUCGAUAUCAAAAUUCUCCAUGCAAAGGAAUAUCUGGUGAUGAAGGAAUAUGUUUAAGUGAUGCCAACGAUUGUGAUCGAAGAAAAGGAACUAAUAUUGGAACAUGUGCUCGUGGUUUGAGUACUUGCUGUCUGUCUAAAUUUACAUGUGGUGAUAUUACAAGUCAAAAUGAAACGGUGUUUGUAAACAGAAAUUACCCAAAUCAAGAAAAUGGUACAGACACAUGCCAAGUGACUAUCGAAAAGCCUGAUAACGUUUGCCAAUUGAGAUUGGAUUUCCACGAAUUUUUCUUGUCCGAACCUGAUGAUAUGGGUUUGUGCACGACAGAUUCCUUCAUGGUGCGUACCACAGUGGGAGAAAGAUUGCCAAUUCUGUGCGGAGAAAAUAAAGGACAGCACUUGUAUGUUGACAUGGGGCGUGGCUCAGGAAAUCCAGUUGUGUUGAGUGUUGUAAGUAAUGGUGACAAAAUGUCUCGAAGAUGGAAAAUCAAGAUUUCAAUGAUAGAAUGCGGAAGUCUGAAUAUGGCUCCAGCAGGUUGCCUUCAAUACUUUAGGAACCCGAGCGAUGUUGUAAGGAGCUUUAAUUAUGGAGCUAGAGCAGAAGGUCAAGUGCGCUAUCUGAGCAAUUUGCGCUACACCUCCUGUGUCAGAGUGGAAGAAAAUUUCUGUUCCAUUAAAUGGGAAACCGAAACUAUAGGGUCCUUCUCUUGGGGUGCUCCCCACGACGGUGGAGCAAGUGGCUCAAUCUGUAAUGAAGACGAUUUUGUUGGCAUUGAUCAAGGCUCAGAGGAUGGAAUGGGACCCGGAGAAGAUCGUUUCUGUGGCACAAAAUUACACGACAGAGAUUUACUCAUCUCCCGCAGUAAGCCAUUCAUGCUACGAGUGAAAAGCAACAGUGAUGCUUCUACGAAUGCCAACAAUUCACAAUAUGGAUUCUCACUACGAUAUACUCAGCUGCCUUGUAUGAUUUGAAUCUAGAAAUAUUAUUCUACGAACUCAGGUCUUCUAAAUUAUUUUUACCACCAACUGGAGCUGGAUUUCUCCAAAAAAAAGGCCAUCAAGCAAAACAAAAUCAAUCGAUGAACUAUUUAUGAAUCAUUUUAUUUAAAUUAUUCAUCUAAUUUAAUCAUCUGUAUUUAUUCUCAAACUGUGAUGGAAAAAAACCCUCUUAUUAGUUUAUUUUCGGUGUUGCAUAUGCAAAUGCCUUUUAGAAAACAAACAAUUUUCUUCAUUUAAUAAAUUGCAAAACAUUCUACGCUGCUAAUAGAGAAAUAUUUAAACAUUUUACGAAACUAAUGAAUCUUUAUAAACUAAGCACACAUUUCAUUAAUCAUUAAAAAUGGUUAAGAAAACAAGUAAUUUUUUUAAGUUGUAAUGAAAAUUUAAGCUUCAAUUGUUUGUUUUCUAACAGUAAUUAUUUAUUAAUCAUGUCACAGUUUGGGAUUCAUGUGUAAAAUAUUGUAUUGAACUGCAUUAAAUAUUUUUUUUUGUUUCAUUCCCAUUCUUCAUUGAUUUUUUAUGAUUUUAUAAGUGCCCAUAUAAUUUAUUGAAGGGAGUUUAUUUGAAAGAAUAUCGUUCAUUAAUUAGAAAAAUGAUGAAAAAAAUCAUUGAAGAAAAACCACCAAAUGUUCAGUUUAAACGAAAUGUGUUUUGUGUUAUUUUGUUGCAUUUAAAACUUACAUGUUUCUUGUGUUUUAUUCAUUCAUCAUUAAAAGCGAUUCAUUUUCUC